UAAGCUUACACUAUAAUACAUUUGUGUGCAUGCAAGACAGUUGUGUGCAAGAUUUUUUGCAAGGUCAGUCUAGAUAUCGUGUCGGAUGAGGUCACAUCAUAGCUAUAGAUGGUCACAGAGACUGGUGAUACUCCUGACAGCUGUCACGUUCAUACUAUCACGUACUGUUGUAUUGACAACAUGCCAAUUUGUAGUGCAACCAGUAUCAGUGGUGCAGGCCCAAGGGCUAACUGCACUGUUCAAGUGUCUGUAUCUUGGAGCACAAAAUCACAAUUGGGGGCUCAAUGAAGAGUUUCCCACUGAGGAUAAGUACCCACCUGAUGUGACUCUUACCCUAUCGUCUGGUGAUUUUCCAGCAACACUGACCAUCCCAGCCACAGCACAGUACAAUGACACUGUUGUCCAAUGUGAAGCGGUGGUUAGAGACGGACGAGGAUUCAUAUCCAAAUUGUCAGUAAAUGCUAGCUUGCAAGUUCAAGGACCUCUUCCUGCUGUCGCUGACCUGACUGUGAACAAUAUUGCUAGGAACUGUUCACAACUCAACGUCACAUGGGUUGCUCCCUUCUCCCUGAACUUGACCACUGCUGAACCAGACAUACAGUACUGUGUGGAUGUGUAUAACGUCACUUAUGAAAGAGAGGAUAAUCUGCUGCAGUCUGAAUGUAACAUCACUACCACCCAAUAUCUGUUUGAUAUAGCCUAUCAUGUGGGUACUUAUAGCUUUUCUGUGACACCACGAAGCAACAUUGACGGAAGCUUGAAUGGAACCAUCAGUAUAGCACGGUUUAGCUAUGAACUACAAGCAAUACCCAUUGAUGAGGUUAAUUUCACUACUAACACGGAAUUGAGCCCUCUGCGAGUGACAUUUCCCGAAAGUCUAAUUCAUGAGUGUCAAGUACCAGAUAGCUAUUCCGUUCAAAUUCAGUACAUUGACCAAGAAGGUUUUGAUCUGUGUAUCUGCUCCACUGAUCAGAUAACUGAAGUUUGUGGAAAUACACAGAUGAUUGUACUUGAUCUUAACUGUAGUAGCUGUAAUAUUGAACGCCAUCGACGAUGUAAUUUGACUGUACUGGCUGAAAUUAAUCCCCAAAACACACCAUCAGCUAUGACCAUGAAUAUAAGUACUCAUGAUGUGUAUAAAGUGACCGACUUAACUAUGGAGGAAAAUAAAGUUUCAAUCACUGUCAACUAUCUUCCACAGUCUAAUGAUACUGGUUUCGUUGCCAUUGUGUACUCUGUUGACUCCCCUUAUGAUUUACACUAUCAAGUUGUGUACAGGGAAAAUACAUCAUCCACUGUUGGUAACCUUGCUGAUCGUGUUUAUAAGUUGGCUGUAUUUGAUUUGAAUGAUGUUAUGACACCUGAGAGAAAACUGGUAUUUUCAGCUGUUCUACCAAAUACAACACUGAAUAACACUCGAUAUGGUACCACUGAAUCCAGUGCAGGAGGAGAGGAUGUGAAUGCUACUGAAUUCAACGGAAAGAUUUGCAUCAGUUGCAGCUCUAGUUGUGUGGGGAUCAUCCACUCCCAGUAUGGGCUUCACCAAGGCAACAUCACAUUGAUUCCACGUACUGUCACUGACUCUGGCCAAAACUGCACUGAAAGCAUGCCUCAGGGAAUCUACUUUGCUGCCAUAUUCAAACGAUGGUCUAAUACACUUCAUGAAGUGCCAUCAUACAAAACCGUGAUUCCCAUUGGCUUGUCCACUUCUACUACUGCCUCAGACACUCGUACAGAUGCUCAUACUCCAGCAACCCCUGAUGUAUAUAACUCAGAGACAGCGAUAGUAGGAGGAAUUGCUGCUGCUAUUUUCAUUACUUCCCUAGUACUACUAGUAGUAGUGGUGAUCUUCAUUGUGUUUGUUUGGAGAAGGAAAACAGAUAAGAAUCUGAUCACAGGCCUUGGUGUAUCAAGCAUGGCAAAUCCCACUCAACAGGAACCAACCCUGCUAAGCAUUUGUGAUGGUCCAAUUAGAUUAAAGCGAAAUGAAGCGUAUGAUCCAGUGACGUUGCUGACUGAAAACGAUGCCUACAAUAUUUUGAAUAUCAGAAGCGGUACGUGCAGUCAGAUGACGGAAAGAAGUCCUAGUCCACCCCACAUAUAUGAUGAGCCGAUGCUUCUAACUCGUAUACCAGCUGUUUGAUAUGUUGCAAACUAUCGCACUGAAACAAUAGUUUUGUACUGCACUAACUUACUGAACUGUUGCACAUAAUUAUGACUUCUAUAGCUUCAGGUGUAUGUAGAUUUAUACAGAAAGACCUCGUGCAUAGUUUUAAGAGAUAAUAAGUACUCAGUGAUAUCAUGACUAAAAUACUGUCUCAAAAUGAGUUCACAGCCAUAAUCAUUAUUCCAUUAUAAUUAUGAAUAGGCAAACCAAAAUG